UGCAAACGCUAGUUACAGAUAACGCUUAGGAAAGCAAUCAACAAGUAUAUAGGAAGUGACUCCUAGGUGCUAGUUGGGGCUACAAGGUAGUCAGAAAAAUGAAACAAGUCACCGGCUAGGGGGAAGUUACGGUGUACGUUCCCCAAAGUCGUUACAAAAUAACUACCUGCGGAGAACAGAAUGAUUUUUGAGAGGGGGCACGGUAGUGGCCGGGACAGCAAGAUUGACGCAGGGGACGUGGAGUGCCUUCAGUAAGACACUCCGCGUCUGCACUGUGCUAGGGGAGCCCAAGCGGUAGAAUGGCAAUGCGCCCAGUUCGAAGCCGGCCCCACACUCGGCCUCCUCCCCAAGGUAGUCUCCAGGACUCACAAAGUAAGGAUUUGCCCGCGAGGGCAUCCCCGCACACACAGAUUGGGAAGAAGCUACCCCGGAGCCCGCUUCUCCCCUCCCCCCACUAAAACUGCCCUCCUGCGCGUUUCCGGAUCAUUUGUCAGUCAUCCCUCUAUCUGCGUGCCCCGGUGUUAAGUGGGCGUCCGGACGCAGGAACUGCUUCGUGCCCUCUUCCUAGGAGGGCAGAAGCAAAAUAGUCCCUGCCCUGAAAAUGCUUUUCCUCAGGCCCGCGCUCAACUCGGGCACUCUCUCCGCCCCCAUUCCAGCCUGGGGAGACCCAGUCCCAGCCCAGAGCCCGCUGCUCUCUUAGCUCCGCCCCUGCCCCGGCCCUCUAGGAAAACCCGGAAAAGCGGACUCUUCUCCCCACCCCGCCCGGCAGCCUCGCCACGACUCAGCGCCCCCUCACUGGGCAUGCUCACUAAGGCAGGGCAGGUUUGGGGCUGUAAGUAGGAAGCUGGAGCACUCCCGGGGCUGCUGGGGAGGGAGGUACGGACCGUGGGGCUGCUGGAGGAAGGAGGCAGGCACCACGGGGACUCAUGCACCACGCGCUCGGGGCUGGGGCGCAAUUAGCAGCCGCCUCCGCAGCCUGCACCCGUCCCUGCCUCUGCUGCCACCGCCGCCAGUGCCAGAGUCUCUGCCACCCCUCCUCCCAGCGCUGCUGCCGCGGGUGAAGAGCAGCCCCAGCCGCCGUCGCAGCCGCCCCGGCCCCGGCCCCGGCCCCAGCCGCAGUCCGUGCCCGGCCGAUCACUCGCUCGCCAGCCCGGGCAUUGUCCCCGCGUCUGCCGCCGCCGCCGCCUGAAUGCCGGGCACGGAGCCCGAGUGAAACCUCGCCGGGGUGGGUGACCGCCCCCCCACCCGCACCCACCCCCAGCUCUUUGGGGGUUCUCUGCCUUCUCCCUUCCCAUUCCCUCCUCCCCUGCCGGGCACUUAGGAGAGGGCAGCGGUCAGGAGCCGGGCUAAGCUUUGCGCCCGCCCCAGCCGGCCCCACUCCUUCCCCUCUGCCCCCACGCCCCCCGGGGGGCCCAGGCCGGAGGGAGGCCGAGAGCGGGCGAGACUCUCGGCGAGGGGGGGCUGAGAAGCCAUGCGAGAGUACAAAGUGGUGGUGCUGGGCUCGGGCGGAGUGGGCAAGUCGGCCCUCACCGUGCAGUUCGUGACGGGCUCCUUCAUCGAGAAGUACGACCCCACCAUCGAGGACUUCUACCGCAAGGAGAUCGAGGUGGACUCGUCGCCGUCCGUGCUGGAGAUCCUGGACACUGCCGGUACCGAGCAGUUCGCGUCCAUGCGGGACCUGUACAUCAAGAACGGCCAGGGCUUCAUCCUAGUCUACAGCCUGGUCAACCAGCAGAGCUUCCAGGACAUCAAGCCCAUGCGCGACCAGAUCAUCCGCGUUAAGAGGUACGAGCGGGUGCCCAUGAUCCUGGUGGGCAACAAGGUGGACCUGGAGGGCGAGCGCGAGGUCUCCUUCGGGGAGGGCAAGGCCCUGGCGGAGGAGUGGAGCUGCCCCUUCCUCGAGACAUCGGCCAAAAAUAAAGCCUCGGUGGACGAGUUAUUCGCUGAGAUUGUCCGCCAGAUGAACUAUGCGGCUCAGCCCAACGGGGACGACCAGUGCUGCUCCUCCUGCGUGAUUCUCUGAAAGCCGGGGGGCGGGGGGGCCGCUUCCGUCGGCCCUGUGCUUUGGGUGGAAUUUUUAUGGGUUUCUUUCUUUUUCUUUCUCUCUCUCUUUUUUUUUUAAAAGAAAAACGCGAAAGCAAAACACAAUACUUCUUUCUCAAUGUGAUUUUUUUUUUAAUUAUUAUUUUAAGAUUGGAAACAACUUUGCAUCGUCCAAGGUGUGUUCCAGGUGGGGGCUCGAGGCUAUUUCAGCAGCAGCUGCCGGGCCCCAGCGCUCAUUGUCUUGGGGGUGGGGGGAGUUGGGUUGUAUUUAACAUCUGAAACCUGGGUGGAAAUGUGGCGCUUUCCAAGCAUGUGCAUUCCUCUCGUGGAUUUCUUUGAUAGUUGCCCGUUUCCCCACUUAAAGCAGCCGUUAGCUGUAUUGGCUACUUGACACCAGGCAAAAGGGAAAAAAAAAAAAAAAAAAAAAAGUUUCAAUCUGGAGGGAACGGAUGGGAGAGAAAAAGGCUUGUCGACGACCACUUUCCAAUUCGAAGAUUUAAGUACCUGGACCGGGGAAGGAAGUGCAGGAAAAGCCUGGGAAGAAAUGAAAGCAGAGGAAGAGACCCCGUUUCCAGGCAUGUGUGUGUGUGUACAGCAAGUGGUGGGUUUACUGCCUUCCCUGGCAGCCUGGAAGUGCAACCCUGGGACUGAUUAGGAUUCUGAGGAUUUCUAUGCAAAGUUGGAUUAUUGUUACAGUGUAUCCAAUCUGAAGUAUUGCACAACUGAACUGGGACUGUUUACACUGAUGCCAAUACAGUGUGGAGUGCCAGAAAGUGUCUGCUGAUAUUUGUGGAAAAAAAAAAAUCUAUUUUGUUUACCUACUGUAUCAAAUGGGAGUCUGGGGGAGAGCGGUAGUGUUUCCUUUUUUUUUUUUUUUUUUUUUUUUUAUCAGCUGUGAAAAAUUACAAAUCUGCACAUUUGUUUAUUUUUUUUGUUUUGUUUUGUUUUUAUUUUUGGUGGGGUGCUUUGUUCAUUUUGUUUUGUUUGGGUUUAGGGUUUCCUUUUGGUUGGCAAUAACUGAUUUUGAUGACCAGAUCUUUAAAGUACAGUACAAAGACUUCCUCAAAUGUGAUUCAGGGGCAACAGCGACCCUGUGUCUAGAGUGCCUUCAAAACUCAGCUGUUCCAGCCGUGCCAACCUGUGAAAGUUCCACAAAUCCCAUUAUUUGCUAUGACUCCCCAAAGUACUAAAGUACUUGACAGUUUCCUUUCAGUGACCAUACGGAACAAGCCAGGACGAAAUGGCCUGUUGUUCAUGGAAUAUAUUUUAAUUUUCUUUUGGAGUCUUUUUACAUGUAAUUGCCAUGUCUCUUGAAAGUAUUCCUGGCUUCCUUUAAUUUAAAUUUUCAGGUAUUUAGUGCCCUUUUUCCCUCCCCCUCCCUUUUUUUUUUUUUUUUUUUUGUUGUAGGAUAUUCUUCUGGCCAAAAGUAAAAUUUUAAUGUGAUGUACCAAGCAGAUUCUAACUAAUUGUAAUUUUAAUUCCAGACAUGCGUUUAAUUGUUGUCUAUUCAUUUAAAGACUUUUAAUACAAAUACCGUUUUUUUAAAAAAAAGAUUCAAAUCCCAAA